AUGACAGGCCAUCGAAAGAAACCAUUCAGUGGAAAAGCAAAGAAGGCUCAACUGCAAGCUCGUAAGGCCCGUAAAGCGGCGCGUCAAGAUCGUGCUGCCCAUGAACCCCAUCCUGCCAAUGAAGAGCAACAACACGAUGAGCCCAAUGUCUUGCAAGCAUUUGUACCAGCCCGUGAAGCUGCACCCACCUUUGAUAGGAAACACACGGGUAGUUCUCGCAAACUGGUGUCUUCAUUCGAAAAGCUAUCAAGCGAGACCAUCGAGCGUGCUCGUCUGGAAAGCAUGAAGCCAUUGAAAAAACUGCCCAAGACCGCCCUUGAGAUUGGCGUGGAUGCUUUUCCUGAUUCAAUGGAUUUUCCCAAACGACCACCAUGGGAUUACAAUAUGUCCAAGGAACAGCUUGAGAAACGAGAGAACGAAUACUUUCAGCAAUGGGUAUCAGGGAUAUACGAACGAUAUGAGGGGCAGCAAUCAUCAUUGAGCUGGUUUGAAAGGAACCUUGAAGUUUGGCGUCAGCUAUGGCGUGUUCUCGAGAUCAGCGACAUUGUUAUCGUGGUGAUGGAUAUCCGGCACCCCCUUCUUCAUUUCCCAAGGGCGUUAUACAACUAUGUUACAAAGGAAUUGAAACGCAAGAUUGUUGGUGUUUUCAACAAGGUCGAUCUCGUUUCCGAGUUUACAGUAUUUGCGUGGAGAAAGUACUUUGAGCAAGAAUUUCCAGAGCUACAUGUCACCACAUUCAGCUGCUAUCCUCGAGAUGAAAAGUUGAUCGAUGAUACGUCUACAUAUGUGUUGAAGCAGCGCGCCAAACGACCCCGAAAAUGGUACUAUCACGCACAAGGCAUUGCCAACAUUCUUCGCACGUGCAGCAAGCUUGAAUUGGACAACAAAUCAGUACCUGUGGAUUGGCAAGCAUUGAUUGAUCGCUAUGACAAUACCAAGGAGGAGGAAGAAGAAGAAGGGGAUGACGAAGAUAACGAAGAGAAUUGGGAUGAUGAAAGUGAUACUGGGAGCAUGGUUGGUCUUGAUGACGAAUUCAGUCGCGUUUUGGAUAUCUCAAGUCAACAAGCGACACCGCACAGGGAUUAUAUUACGUUGGGAUUGGUUGGUCAUCCAAAUGUGGGCAAGAGCAGUUUGAUCAAUAGCAUUAUGCAAAAGACGGUGGUCAGUGCCAGUCGCACACCAGGCCAUACGAAGCAUUUCCAAACCAUCCACCUGACUGAUAACGUCCGAUUGUGCGAUUCACCCGGAUUAGUGUUCCCGACCUUGCUGCCUCGGGCCCUACAGAUUCUUUCAGGCAUGUACCCAAUUGCACAAGUUCAGGAGCCUUAUAGCGUGGUGCAGUACCUGGCUGAGCGGGUCCCUGUUGAAAAGAUCUUGGCGUUGAUACCCCCCGUGGAUGAUGUCGAUCAAGUGUCUACUUUCCGAUGGUCUGCGUGGACGAUUCUUGAAGCUUAUGCUAUUCAGCGUGGGUUCUAUACCGCCAAAGCAGCGCGUCCUGAUGUAUAUCGUGCAGCCAACACCAUCCUACGACUUACAACGGAUGGGCGUAUACUGAUGUCAUUUAAACCCCCUGGAUUUUUUGAGACGUCAACGUAUGAGAAACUUCGUGUGGAGGAGCAAAAACAGCUAGCUAUCGCUGCCCAAGAAGAACAAUCAAAUGGCUCGGAUGAUUCGGAUGACAGCGAUAUCGAACAAGGAGACCAAGGGGGAAAGAUUAACAUUACCCAAGGCGGUGCAUUUGCAUUACUUGCUGAUGAAAUGGAUGAUUAA